CCGCCCUCGGGCCUCAGGACGGGACGGGGCGGAGGGAGGGAGGGAGGGAAGAAGGGGCGCCUGUGGCGGGCGGGAUUCUGCGAGGCGCGUGAAGCCUCGCUGGCUCUUGGUCCAGGACCCAGACGCUGGCAGGCUUGGAGUUUCUCACGACCGGUCGAGCCAAGCUCUCCCACAAAACUUGAAACAGCUCUGCUCCAUCUCCAGUCCAUGAUUUUUUCUCUCUGAGUUCUUGAGGAAGGCUACCUGCAUUUCAGAAAGCAUCAACCUUUCUCAAUGGACGCGUUUAUCAAGUGGAAUAUACCUGUUCUAUUUUAAAAAGCUUUGUGCUUAAUCUUGGAAAAAUUUACUCCUUCAAAAUGAAAAUGAGGACAUGUGAGAAGGUGAUACAAGGUGUGGACAUUUGAGAAAGUGUCCCAUUAGAUCAAUGAACCAAAGGAUACGAACUGAAUAGAUUAAUCCUAAAUACUUUUUAAUUUUUAAACUAGGAGGAUUUUAUUUGACAGAAAAACAACUCUUAUUCAUUAUGUAUUUUCUGAAAUUAAAAGAGAGAAACAAGAGUAGACUUAAAAGAAAAUAGGUGAAGAUGUUUAGUAGAUAAACAAUGCCAAUUCUUUUCUGAUGAGGAUAAUUCAGUGAUGUUAAAUCCUUCCCAAAACCCUGGUUGUGGUCCUAACAACAAGACUUUUUUGAUGGGACUGAUAUUAAGGGAAGUGGGACCUUUGGUAUAGUCAACUCACAGUUGUAGAACUUGCCAUCAUCAGCAUGAGUGGCUUAAAAGAGGAAAUAAAGAAGCUUUCAACUAAAUCCAAAACUACAGUCAUUUUUUUACCGCUGUGAUUUUAAGGCCUCUUCAUAACCAUUGAGAAAGAAUUUACAACUGUUUUAAAAGAUUAAAGAAAGGCAGAUGUCUGCAAACAAUUCUCCUCCAUCAGCUCAGAAGUCUGUAAUACCUGCCACUCUUCCUGCUGUGCUUCCAGCUCCUUCUCCGUGUUCAAGUCCUAAAACAGGACUCUCUGCGCGACUCUCUAAUGGAAGCUUCAGUGCACCGUCGCUCACGAACUCCAGAGGCUCAGUGCAUACAAUCUCAUUUCUGCUGCAGAUUGGCCUUACACGGGAAAGCAUUACCAUCGAAGCCCAGGAACUAUCUUUAUCUGCUGUCAAGGACCUUGUCUGCUCCAUUGUUUAUCAAAAGUUUCCAGAGUGUGGAUUCUUUGGCAUGUAUGACAAAAUUCUUCUUUUUCGCCAUGAUAUGAACUCAGAAAAUAUUCUGCAGCUCAUUACCUCAGCAGAUGAAAUACACGAAGGAGACCUAGUAGAAGUUGUUCUCUCAGCUUUGGCCACAGUAGAAGACUUCCAGAUUCGUCCACAUACUCUCUAUGUGCAUUCUUACAAAGCGCCUACUUUCUGUGAUUACUGUGGUGAGAUGCUUUGGGGAUUGGUACGCCAGGGACUGAAAUGUGAAGGCUGUGGAUUAAAUUAUCAUAAACGAUGUGCCUUCAAGAUUCCAAAUAACUGUAGUGGUGUAAGAAAGAGACGUCUCUCAAAUGUAUCCCUGCCAGGACCUGGCCUCUCAGUUCCAAGACUCCUGCAGACUGACUAUGUAGCCCUUCCCACUGAAGAGUCACAUGUUCACCAAGAACCUAGUAAGAGAAUUCCUUCUUGGAGUGGUCGCCCAAUCUGGAUGGAAAAGAUGGUCAUGUGCAGGGUGAAAGUCCCACACACGUUUGCUGUUCACUCAUACACCCGUCCCACGAUAUGUCAGUACUGCAAGCGGUUACUGAAAGGCCUCUUUCGCCAGGGAAUGCAGUGUAAAGAUUGUAAAUUCAACUGCCAUAAGCGAUGUGCAUCUAAAGUACCAAGAGACUGCCUUGGAGAGGUUACUUUCAAUGGAGAGCCAUCUACUUUGGGAACAGAUACAGAUAUACCAAUGGAUAUUGACAGUAGUGACAUGAACAGUGACGGUAGUCGGGGCUUGGAUGACACAGAAGAACCAUCUCCCCCAGAAGAUAAAAUGUUUUUCUUGGAUCCAUCUGAUCUUGAUGUGGAAAGAGACGAAGAAGCUGUUAAAACAAUCAGUCCAUCAACGAGCAAUAACAUUCCGCUGAUGAGGGUCGUCCAGUCCAUCAAGCACACAAAGAGGAAGAGCAGCACAAUGGUGAAGGAAGGGUGGAUGGUCCAUUACACCAGCAGGGACACCCUGAGAAAAAGGCAUUAUUGGAGACUGGACAGCAAAUGUCUUACACUGUUUCAAAACGAAUCUGGAUCAAAGUAUUAUAAGGAAAUUCCACUUUCAGAAAUUCUCCGCAUAUCUUCACCACAAGAUUUCACAAGCGUUUCACAAGGCAGCAACCCACACUGUUUUGAAAUCAUCACUGAUACUAUGGUAUACUUUGUUGGUGAGAACAAUGGGGACAGCUCUCACAAUCCUGUUCUUGCUGCCACUGGAGUGGGACUUGAUGUAGCACAGAGCUGGGAAAAAGCAAUUCGCCAAGCUCUCAUGCCUGUGACGCCUCAAGCCAGUGUCUGUACUUCUCCAGGCCAAGGGAAAGAUCACAAAGAUUUGUCUACCAGUAUCUCUGUAUCUAAUUGUCAGAUCCAAGAGAAUGUGGACAUCAGUACCGUUUACCAGAUAUUUGCAGAUGAGGUGCUUGGUUCAGGCCAGUUUGGUAUCGUCUAUGGAGGAAAACACAGAAAGACUGGAAGGGAUGUGGCUAUUAAAGUAAUUGAUAAGAUGAGAUUCCCCACAAAACAGGAAAGUCAGCUCCGUAAUGAAGUGGCUAUUUUACAGAAUUUGCACCAUCCUGGGAUUGUAAACCUGGAAUGUAUGUUUGAAACCCCGGAACGAGUUUUUGUAGUGAUGGAAAAGCUACAUGGAGAUAUGCUGGAAAUGAUUUUAUCUAGUGAGAAAAGUCGACUUCCAGAACGAAUAACUAAAUUCAUGGUCACACAGAUACUUGUUGCUUUGAGGAAUCUGCAUUUUAAGAAUAUUGUGCACUGUGAUUUAAAGCCAGAAAAUGUGCUACUCGCAUCAGCAGAGCCAUUUCCUCAGGUGAAGCUGUGUGACUUUGGGUUUGCACGCAUCAUUGGUGAAAAGUCAUUCAGGAGAUCUGUGGUAGGAACUCCAGCAUACUUGGCCCCUGAAGUUCUCAGGAGCAAAGGUUACAACCGUUCUCUAGAUAUGUGGUCAGUGGGAGUUAUCGUCUAUGUGAGCCUCAGUGGCACAUUCCCUUUUAAUGAAGAUGAAGAUAUAAAUGACCAAAUCCAGAAUGCUGCAUUUAUGUACCCACCAAAUCCAUGGAGAGAAAUUUCUGGUGAAGCAAUUGAUUUGAUAAACAACCUACUUCAAGUGAAGAUGAGAAAACGUUACAGCGUAGACAAAUCUCUUAGUCAUCCCUGGCUGCAGGACUAUCAGACUUGGCUUGACCUUAGAGAAUUUGAAACUCGCAUUGGUGAACGUUACAUUACACACGAAAGUGACGAUGCCCGCUGGGAAAUACAUGCAUACACACACAACCUUGUAUACCCAAAGCACUUCAUUAUGGCUCCCAAUCCAGAUGACAUGGAAGAAGAUCCUUAGUUACCAAUGAGCUAACUUCAGUAAGGAAGCAUGUCAUGUCAUGGACUGGUAUUUUGCUGCGUAACUGUUGUUCUUUGUAUGCUGUCAUCUGAAAGGAUGCAAAGACAUGGAAAAUAUAAGGAAUCAGUGACACCGAUACUGUAGUUCAUACUGAGUAGGUACAAGAGGGGAAACUGAGUCAUAAAAACAUAAUGGAAUCCAAGAUGAAGCUUUUCAUAAACCUUUACAACAUAAGCAAUAACUGGUUUUUGUAUUUUUCCCUAAUCAUUCAUUUUAGUACAAUAGUGGCACUUAAUUUAUCUUCCCUUUCUUGUUCUUACAUCAUUUUUUUUUAAAAGGAGAAAAAAGGCAAGCCAGAGUCCAGUUAUUGCAUAGCUUGAGCAAAUCAUACAAGAGUUAUUACACAGUUUAUAACUAAACAGAUUUGCAUUUAUGAGAUAACUGAGAGGCUACCAACAUGCCAUUUCCUAUAGACUUUAAACAUUUGUUUAACUGACCACAGAGGCACUGAGGGGUUUUUCCUAGAUGUCUAGAAAGGGAGUGCUGAACUGGUUUACCCUUCUCUUUUAGGUCAGUUAAACUCCAAAAUAAUAGUAUCGCUCUAAUUUCUUUGGGGUUGAAAUUCUGAAUAUGCUCUUAACAUGAAAAGUUGUCACCUUUUGUUUGUAUGUUGCAACAGCCCCUAAGAUUAUUUGGGACAACCGAUACACAAAAUCAGGAGUAGGAACUGCUGGUCUAAGUGCUGAGUUGUUACAUACGUCUUCCCAUAGUUCAACUCUGCUGCUAAAUAUUCACAUUCCCAUUGAUGCUGUUGUGAUGCCACCAUUAGAUUCCAACAUUUAAUGGGUACAGAUCUGAACUCUAAUCGCACAAUUUCUCUUUACAUGGGACUGUAUAAUUUGAGGAAGAAAAUUAAAUACAUGCCAAAAGUAGGGACAGUGCAGGGUCAGUUAAUGCUACAGGAAAGAAUAACAAACAAUAUUCUUUUUUUCUUCCCUUAGCUUAUUGGAAGGCUUUACAGAUAUCUGGAAUGUUUUUAAAUAAAUUAUUUUAAGCAGUUUAGGGGAGUGGGUGGGGUAGAGCAUGAAACAGUUUAUAAAGAGUAGGGCUGUAUUAUCAGCUGAGCAAAUGAAAGAAUGAAGUAUUUUUAAAAACACUGCAGCUCCAGCAGCCAGCUAAAGACAGUUUUUGUACCCUAACAUCAUAUUUAAGAGGUUAGAUUUUUUCAUAGCUUUUAAAAGUUACUAAUAGUUUCCCCAAAAAAGUUAAAGAUCUAGGACUAUCCACUUAUAAAAAAUCUAGGGGAUUUGUGUUUCUUGAUUCCUAAAUAAUCACUGUGAAUGUUUUUUUCCCCCUCCAAAAAGAACAAAAGAUGUGAAGGCCAAAAAUCUGGCUCCACUCUUAAGCUGUGUUGACCUCAGCAGGUGACAACCUGGCUGAGCUUUGAGCUCCUCAAUCUACAAAAUAAAGAUUAUAAUUCCUGCCUCUGUCUUCCUCAAUGUUGUUGUGAAGAUCAGAUAUUUAUAAGCUAAAAGUUAUAAAAGUGUUAACUAUCAUUUCCCAUGCAAUCUGAGAUAGCAAAAGAAUGUUCUUGUGAACAGAAUGAGAGGGCCUUCAGAGAUCCCUGAAGCUACUCCCUUGUGUAGGGCUAAAAAUACCCUUGAGAGAAUGGAAGCAAACACCAGUGCUCCUCUGUUCUGAGCUCUUGACAUGUUUUUCCCUCACAGUAGACAUGGAUAAGUCAUCGAACUUUGUCUCACAGAUAAGGAAAGUGAGGCACAGGAAAAUUAACUAGCUGCCUAAGGUCACACAGUUAGGAUGUGGGUUUGAAUCCAGGCAGUGUGUCUCCAGAGUCCUUAUUGCUAACCAUUCUGCUAUACUGCCUACCGUUAGAUAUUCCCAGAAGACAUUCCACAGUGUCUCUCACUAUUUCAUUCUCAUACAGGAAUUUAAAAAAUAAAAAGCAAAUUAAUUAUGCAAAACCUUUGGGAAAUGUAUUUUCCCUGUGAUAGGGGGUAACUUCCCCUAAUUUCUCUGUUUAUACAAUCAGUGUGCUCAAAUGAAGUAAUUUCUGAGUCACUAGGCACCCUAUUGUGGUUUUACUGUGUAAGAUGAAAAUUAACUGGAAUGCUGUUUGCUAUACUUAUAUAAUAAAACUUUACAAGCCAUAAAAUUAAUUGCACUCUUUGUUUUUGUUAUUGAGAAGUUUUCUUAGAAAAAAUUGUAAAGGCACUGUCGGAUAAUUUGAAAUUGAGUAAUUUUCUCCAGUUACUGUAUAACCUGCAUAACCUUUUUUGUCUUGAAGUCAUCAUGUUUGUAUAAGAAAUAACUGUUAGAAACAUUUGAUAAUGUAUACAAAGUCUAUAAUGACAUUGUUUAGUACAUUUUUAAUUAUAUCCCACUUUUUGUAAAUAUCCUUAAAGAAGUUUGAUAAUAAAAUGUAUUUCCAUAUCACUGUACUUUUCCAUGUGAAAACCUGAGCUAGUAGAGGUAUCCAAAGAAAAUUGUAUUUGGUUGUGUUAUUUUCCCAGGCUUUGGUAAGAGAACUGUUUUGGAAAUAGUAUUUGUAAAUGAAACUAAUGCUAUAUUUAAGAACACAGAUUUUUUUUAUCUGACUAAAAUAAAAAGCAACUCAUUAUUACAAUUUUA